AUGAAGCUGUCCGCGGUUCUCCUCGGCCUGCUCGGCCUCGCUGCCGGUGCAUCGGUUCGAAACUACGAGACAAACGACUACUAUGUUCUCGAGCUGGAUUCGUCUACGACUCCCGACCAGGUUGCCGGUCGCCUGGGCCUGCGCCACGAGGGGUCUCUCGGCGGCCUCGACGGCCAUCACAUCUUCUCCGCGAGAAAGGAGUCGCAGGAUAUCGUCAAGCCUGCCCUGCAGGCGCGGAGGAUGAGGAGGCGAGGACUUGGCGGUUCCGACCCCCUCGAUGGCGUUCGUCUCGCACAGAAGCAGCAGCUUCGCAAGCCCUGGGAGAAGAGGGUGCCCCCGCGCCUGCACGGCCCCAAGAACUUCGCUCGUCAGGAACAGGCGGAUCCUGGAAUGGUUGAGCAGAUGAACAAGAUCAUGCAGACCCUGAACAUCGCCGACCCCAUCUUCAACGAGCAGUGGCAUCUGCUCAACACUGUCCAGAAGGGACACGACAUCAAUGUCACGGGUGUCUGGACCCAGGGCAUCACGGGCAAGAACGCGACUGUUGCCAUUGUUGACGACGGCUUGGAUAUGUACAGCGAUGAUCUGAAGCCCAACUACUACGCCGCCGGCUCCUACGACUUCAACGACCACCGCGAAGAGCCGAAGCCUACGCUGAGCGAUGACAAGCACGGCACUCGCUGCGCCGGUGAGGUCUCUGCCGCGCGAAACAACGUCUGCGGUGUCGGAGUCGCAUACGAGUCCAAGAUUGCCGGUAUCCGUAUCCUGAGUAAGCUCAUUUCAGACGCCGAUGAAGCCGUCGCCAUGACGUACGACUACCAGCACAACGAUAUCUACUCCUGCUCCUGGGGACCCCCGGACGACGGUCGAUCGAUGGACGCGCCAGGUAUCCUGAUCAAGCGUGCGAUGCUUAAGGGCAUUCAGCAAGGUCGUGGCGGAAAGGGAUCGAUCUACGUCUUUGCUAGUGGAAACGGUGCCGCCAAUGAUGAUAACUGCAACUUUGACGGAUAUACGAACUCCAUUUACAGCAUCACUGUUGGUGCCAUCGACAGAAAGGGACAGCACCCGUACUACUCCGAGAAGUGCUCAGCUCAGCUCGUUGUUACCUACAGCAGUGGCAGCGGAGAUGCCAUCCACACCACCGAUGUUGGCACUAACGCCUGCUACAACGGCCACGGAGGCACUUCCGCCGCAGCCCCGUUGGGCGCUGGUGUCUACGCUCUUGUUCUCGAAGCCCGUCCCGAUCUGACCUGGAGAGACAUGCAGUGGCUCGCCAUGGACACGGCUGUGCCUAUCGACGAGGAGAAGGGCGAGUGGCAGCCAACCAAGAUUGGCAAGAAGUUCAGCCACACGUAUGGAUACGGCAAGAUCGACGCAUAUGCCAUGGUCGAGGCGGCCAAGAAGUGGAAGAACGUCAAGCCUCAGGCUUGGUACUACUCUCCUUGGGUGCACGUCAACAAGCCUAUUCCCCAAGGCAAGGAUGGUGUUGCCGUCAGUUUUGAGGUUUCCGCCGAUGCUCUCAAGCAGGCCAAUCUGGAGAGAGUGGAGCAUGUGACGGUCACUAUGAACGUGAACCACACCCGCCGUGGUGACUUGAGCGCGGACUUGAUCAGCCCCGAGGGUGUUACCAGUCACCUUUCUGUAACCCGCAAGAUGGACUCUGCUCGUUCCGGAUAUGUUGACUGGACCUUUAUGAGCGUUGCGCACUGGGGCGAGUCUGGUAUUGGCAAGUGGACUGUUGUCGUCAAGGAUUCCCAGGAGAACGAGCACCAGGGCACCUUCAUCGACUGGCACCUCAAGCUCUGGGGUGAGUCGAUCGAUGCCACCAAGGCCACUCUUCUUCCCAUGCCUACCGACGACGACGACAACGACCACGCUUUGGUUGCGACCACUAGCCUGCCCGCAGCUACCACAUCGAUUGAGCACCCUGCGCAGCCUACCGACCAGCCUGUCGUUCCUACGGAUCACCCCAACCGACCGACCAAGGUCCAGAGCGGUGGUACCCCUGCCGCAACGGGCCCGGCGACGGGCACUGAGGACGCCGCGACAACGACGACCAGCCCCUCUAACUGGGUGUCUUGGCUGCCGUCGUUUGGCAAGGCCGGUGUCUGGGUGUAUGGCGCGCUUGCUCUUAUCGCUGUCUUUUGCUCUGCUCUCGGUAUCUGGUUCUACAUCCGCAAGCGUCGCAACAGCCAGCCUCGCGACAACUAUGAGUUCGAGCUCCUUAAUGAGGACGAGACCGAAGGUCUGAAUGGCGAGAAGCGCACGCGCGGCCGUGAGCUGUACGAUGCGUUUGCUGGUGACGACGAGGACGAUGAUGAUGACAGCAGCGAGUAUCACGACGGGGAUCGUGAUCGUUCAAGAGAAGGACGUGGCAACAGGGAAACGGAUAGGUUAACUGAAAAAUAG